AUGUAUAGUACAAAAUAUGCAGUUAUAAAAGAAGAUAUAGAGUAUGAGAAUAUUGUUACAGAGAAAAUAGGCAUUCCCGCUUCGGAGAAUUUCCAGCUGAAGUGGCAUAGUUAUGGAGCUCAUCUUCAUAGCUCCGUAGCAACGUUGCUGCAUUCUGAGUCCUUUGCCGAUGUUUUAUUAGCUACAUCUUGUGGGAGACAUGUAGCAGCCCAUAGAUUUGUAUUGGCUGCUUGUUCUUCGUAUCUAAGUCACAUUUUCCAAACAUGCCACUUUGGCGCAAACACAAAUGCUCCAAUUAUUGUUGUUUUACCAACGGAAAUUGGAUAUCGAACGCUGAAAAUUCUGAUCCAAUACAUGUAUAGUGGUGAGACAACCGUGACAAAUGAUCAACUUGAAGGUGUUUUAAAAGCAGGAGAUAUCCUACGGGUUCGAGGUCUGUGGCGAUCCAACUCGGGCAGUAAGAAGGAGAACAUUCAAUCGAACAAUCAAAAAGUUAAUAGGGAUAAGCGAGAGCAGCCCCCGUUAGCCGGUCAAUUGCAAAAGAUCAAACUCAUUCAGCCAACUUCGGAGAAAAUCGUCGAGCCUGUGCAACAGGCCGAAUCGAGCUCCACCAUUCAGAAUUCCGUGCCGUCAGCUAUUAAGACAUAUGAGAAAAAAAAUGCAGCGAAAAAUUUGUUGGAUAAGGAAGAUCAGAAUGGCGAGUUGACAGAUAGCAAAAAGUCCUUGGACGAAGGCAAAAGCAACGAACAAACGAAAAAUAAGGAGAACGUUGAAGCGAACGGGAAAAAACGAAAAAAUACGGGCAGUGAUGCAGACUCAACUAAAUCUAGGAGUGAAGCUGGAGAUAGCACCGAAUUGAAUCUCGAAAUGUUGGUAAAAGAAGAGCCGAUUACUUGGGAAGAGACCAUCGAUCCAUCUGAUACGCUAACUAUAGAUCAUGAUAUUGAUAUAAAACCUGAAAUAGUGCAUAGUGCUGAUGAAGAUGGUGAGAUGGAAGAAGAAGAGUACACGCCUCUUACCUGUGACAUGUGUAGUCAAACCUUUAAUAGACCUUCCGAUUGGGUAAGACACAUAGAAUUUACACAUGCUGAUAUGACAGAAAAUAGAAGAAGAAAACGAAAGGGUGAUCCAGACGACGAUAGUAAAGAUUUUCCACCAUUGAAGUGUGAUUUAUGUGGAAAUAUGUACCCAACACCACAAGAAUGGGUACGUCACAUACAAACUGAACACACUGAAGAACAAUUAGCUCUAAUGAAUAAUUCUGCGCCGCCGAAACCUAAACGAGUUCACAGUCAUCAAAAGUUAUGUAACAUUUGCCAGAAAGUAUUUCCAAGUCAUGCAUCUAUGGUAAUACAUCAGAGGACACAUACAGGUGAAAGACCAUUUCUCUGUUCCUAUUGCAAAAAAGGCUUUAAUGUGAAAAGCAACCUUUUGAGGCAUUUGAGAACUUUACACGAUAAAUUCGUGCAUCCAAGCUUAUAUGGAAGUAACGGAAACAAAAAUGCUUAAAGAAUAUUUCAGUAUGAAGUAAAGUAAUAUAUUUUUCUUUUAAAAAAAGGAACUAAAAAUAAAAAGCUCAAUCAUAAAACAGUGAUUAAGGCAAUGAAUGCAAUUUUGUUGAAUUUUCGAGUUGUAAAAAUAAUGAAACCAGUGGUCUGACGCUUUCAAAUAAAAUAAAAUUUGUAAGCUUUUAUCUUAAGCCAAGGUAUUGGUAGAAGUUAAAUUUGUGUUCGUCUUUAUUUAUGAAUGCAUUUUUGAUAAUUGUAUUGCGCUAUUAAAAUACUUCUUACAUGUA